GGGCGCUUCCUUUCUCUCGCGAGAGUUGGUGGAGCGCGCCAAAUUUCUUCCCGGGAAGCGGAGGCGGUGGCGAAACUAUGGUUCUGAGAGGCGGCGGGCGGCGGCGCGUGGAACAGGGCGCGGACGGAGAGGCCACUCGGGAUGAUGGCCCCUCAUCCUCCAUCUCCGCACUCAAGCGCCUGGAGCGCAGUCAGUGGACGGAUAAGAUGGAUUUGCGGUUUGGUUUUGAGAGACUUAAGGAGCCUGGUGAAAGGACAGGCUGGCUCAUCAACAUGCACCCCACUGAGAUUUUAGACGAAGAUAAACGCUUAGUCAGUGCAGUGGAUUACUACUUUAUUCAAGAUGAUGGCAGCAGAUUUAAGGUGGCGUUGCCCUACAAGCCAUAUUUCUACAUUGCAACCAGAAAAGGUUGUGAGCGAGAAGUUUCAUCUUUCCUCUCUAAGAAGUUUCAGGGUAAAAUUGCUAAAGUAGAGACUAUCCCUAAAGAGGAUCUGGACUUGCCAAAUCACUUAGUGGGUUUGAAGCGAAAUUACAUUAAGCUGUCCUUCAGCACUGUGGAGGACCUUGUCAGAGUGAGGAAGGAGAUCUCCCCUGCGGUGAGGAAGAACCGGGAGCAGGGCCGUGCUAGUGACGCCUACACGUCUAUGCUCUCCAGUGUUCUGCAAGGGAGCAGUGUGAUUAUUGAUGAAGAGGAAAUGUCCAAGAAGAUUGCAGACCAACUGGACAACAUUGUGGACAUGAGAGAGUAUGAUGUUCCCUACCACAUCCGUCUCUCCAUUGACCUGAAGAUCCAUGUGGCUCACUGGUACAACGUCAGAUACCGAGGAAAUGCCUUUCCAGUGGAAGUCACCCGCCGAGAUGACCUUGUGGAACGACCUGACCCUGUGGUUUUGGCAUUUGACAUUGAGACGACCAAGCUGCCCCUCAAAUUUCCUGAUGCUGAGACUGACCAGAUUAUGAUGAUUUCCUAUAUGAUUGACGGUCAGGGCUACCUCAUCACCAACAGGGAGAUUGUUUCAGAAGAUAUUGAAGAUUUUGAGUUCACCCCCAAGCCAGAAUAUGAAGGACGCUUCUGUGUCUUCAAUGAACCUGAUGAGGUUCAUCUAAUCCAGAGAUGGUUUGAGCAUGUCCAGGAGACUAAACCCACCAUCAUGGUCACCUACAAUGGGGACUUCUUUGACUGGCCUUUUGUGGAGGCCAGAGCUGCAGUCCAUGGACUGAGCAUGUACCAGGAGAUAGGAUUCCAGAAGGACAGCCAGGGGGAGUAUAAGGCAGCCCAGUGCAUCCACAUGGACUGUCUCAGGUGGGUGAAGAGGGACAGUUACCUUCCAGUGGGCAGUCACAACCUCAAGGCAGCUGCCAAAUCCAAACUGGGCUAUGAUCCUGUGGAGCUGGAUCCUGAGGAUAUGUGCCGGAUGGCCACCGAGCAGCCUCAGAUUCUGGCAACAUACUCUGUGUCAGACGCGGUGGCCACCUACUACCUGUACAUGAAGUAUGUCCACCCCUUUAUAUUUGCCCUCUGCACCAUCAUCCCCAUGGAGCCUGAUGAGGUGCUGCGGAAGGGCUCCGGAACACUGUGUGAGGCCUUGCUGAUGGUGCAGGCCUUCCACGCCAACAUCAUCUUCCCCAAUAAGCAAGAGCAGGAGUUCAACAAGCUGACGGAUGACGGCCAUGUGCUGGAUGCCGAGACCUAUGUGGGUGGCCACGUGGAGGCCCUCGAAUCAGGCGUGUUCCGCAGCGACAUCCCCUGCCGCUUCAGGAUGAAUCCUGCUGCCUUCAACUUCCUGCUGCAGCGGGUAGAGAAGACGAUGCAUCAUGCCAUUGAGGAGGAGGAGAAGGUGCCCAUGGAGCAGGUCACCAACUUCCAAGAGGUGUGUGAUCAGAUUAAAACCAAGCUCACCUCCCUGAAAGAUGUUCCUAACCGAAUCGAAUGUCCCCUCAUCUACCACCUGGAUGUGGGGGCCAUGUAUCCUAAUAUCAUUCUGACAAACCGCCUACAGCCCUCUGCCAUGGUGGAUGAGGCCACCUGUGCUGCCUGUGACUUCAACAAGCCUGGAGCAAACUGCCAGAGGAAGAUGGCCUGGCAGUGGAGGGGCGAGUUCAUGCCAGCCAGCCGCAGUGAAUACCAUCGGAUCCAGCACCAGUUGGAGUCAGAGAAGUUCCCUCCGUUGACCCCGGAGGGCUCAACCCGGGCUUUUCAUGAGCUGUCCCGCGAAGAGCAGGCUAAAUAUGAAAAGAGGAGACUAGCAGAUUACUGCCGGAAGGCAUACAAGAAGAUCCAUGUGACCAAGGUGGAGGAGCGCCUCACCACCAUCUGCCAGCGGGAGAACUCAUUCUAUGUGGACACAGUGCGUGCCUUCCGGGACAGGCGCUAUGAGUUCAAAGGUCUCCACAAGGUGUGGAAGAAGAAGCUCUCUGCGGCUGUGGAGGUGGGCGAUGAGGCGGAAGUGAAGCGUUGCAAGAACAUGGAGGUCCUGUAUGACUCGCUGCAGCUGGCACACAAGUGCAUCCUCAACUCCUUCUAUGGCUACGUCAUGCGCAAAGGGGCCCGCUGGUACUCCAUGGAGAUGGCUGGCAUCGUCUGUUUCACGGGGGCCAACAUCAUCACCCAAGCGCGAGAGCUGAUCGAACAGAUAGGGAGGCCUUUAGAGCUGGAUACAGAUGGAAUAUGGUGUGUCCUACCCAACAGCUUCCCUGAAAAUUUUGUCAUCAAGACGACUACUGUAAAAAAGCCCAAGGUGACCAUCUCCUACCCUGGUGCCAUGUUAAACAUCAUGGUCAAGGAAGGCUUCACCAAUGAUCAGUACCAGGAGCUGGCUGAGCCUGCCUCGCUCACCUAUGUCACCCGCUCAGAGAACAGCAUCUUUUUUGAGGUUGAUGGGCCCUACCUUGCCAUGAUCCUUCCAGCCUCUAAAGAAGAAGGCAAGAAACUAAAGAAGAGAUAUGCUGUGUUCAAUGAGGAUGGUUCCCUGGCUGAGCUGAAGGGCUUCGAGGUCAAACGCCGUGGAGAACUACAGCUGAUCAAAAUCUUCCAGUCCUCGGUGUUCGAGGCUUUCCUCAAGGGCAGCACCCUGGAAGAAGUAUAUGGCUCCGUCGCCAAGGUGGCUGAUUACUGGCUGGAUGUGCUGUAUAGCAAGGCUGCUAACAUGCCUGAUUCUGAGCUGUUCGAGCUGAUCUCUGAGAACCGUUCCAUGUCUCGGAAGCUGGAAGAUUAUGGGGAGCAGAAGUCCACAUCCAUCAGCACAGCCAAGCGCCUGGCCGAGUUCCUGGGAGACCAGAUGGUAAAAGACGCGGGGCUGAGCUGCCGCUACAUCAUCUCCCGGAAGCCGGAGGGGUCUCCAGUUACAGAGAGGGCCAUCCCACUUGCCAUUUUCCAGGCAGAGCCCACAGUGAGGAAGCAUUUUCUCCGGAAGUGGCUGAAGAGUUCUUCUCUUCAAGACUUUGAUAUUCGGGCAAUCCUGGACUGGGACUACUACAUUGAGCGGCUGGGAAGUGCGAUACAGAAGAUCAUCACCAUACCUGCCGCUCUGCAGCAGGUGAAGAACCCAGUGCCUCGUGUCAAACACCCUGACUGGCUGCACAAAAAGCUGCUGGAGAAGAAUGAUGUCUAUAAGCAGAAGAAGAUCAGUGAGCUUUUCAUCUGUGAAGGCAGGAGACAGGUGAGCAUGGCCAAGGCUCCAGAAGACACCCAGAGCCUUAGUGCUCCUGACAUGGAGGACUUUGGCCUUGCGAAGCCACUGCACUCAACUGUUCCCAUUGCUACUAAGAGGAAGCGUGUCCUCUGGGAGAGCCAGGAGGAGUCACAGGACCUAGAGCUAACUGUGCCUUGGCAGGAAAUCCUGGGGCAGCCUCCGGCCCUUGGAACCAGCCAGGAAGAGUGGCUGGUCUGGCUCCGCUUCCACAAGAAGAAGUGGCAGUUGCAGGCCCGCCAGCGGCUUGUGCGCAGGAAGAGGCAGCGUUUGGAGACGACAACAAAGGGUGCACCACGGCACGGGGCCCCCCGCAAAGGACCCUCCACAGGGCUGGGGGGCUUCCUGCGAAAAACUGCCUGGAGCAUUUUGGACCUUCCAUGGCAGAUUGUGCAGAUCAGUGAGACCAGCCAGGCCGGCUUGUUCAGGCUGUGGGCUCUUAUCAGUGGCGACUUGCACUGCUUCAAGCUGAGCAUCCCCCGCAUGUUCUAUGUGAAUCAGAGGGUGGCCAAAGCAGAGGAGGGGCCUUCAUACCACAAGGUGAACCGAGUCCUUCCUCGCUCCAACAUGGUAUACAACCUCUAUGAGUACUCCGUGCCAGAGGACAUGUACCAAGAACAUAUCAACGAGAUCAACACUGAGCUGUCCGCCCCAGACAUUGAGGGCGUGUAUGAGACCCAGGUUCCAUUACUGUUCCGGGCCCUAGUGCAACUGGGCUGUGUGUGUGUGGUCAGUAAGCAGUUGGUGAGGCAGCUCUCAGGCUGGGAAGCAGAACCCUUUGCUCUUGAGCACCUGGAGAUGCGCUCUCUGGCCCAGUUCAGCUACUUGGAACCAGGGAGCAUCCGCCACAUCUACCUGUACCAUUACAUGCAGGGCCACAAAGCGCUCUUUGGCAUCUUUGUGCCUGCACAGCGCAGGGCAUCUGUGUUUGUGUUGGAUACCGUGCGAAGCAACCAGAUGCCCAGCCUCAGUGCCCUAUACUCUGCUGAACACAGCCUCUUGCUGGAGAAAGUGGGCUCCGAGCUCCUGCCCCCACCCAAACACACUUUUGAAGUUCGGGCUGAAACAGACUUGAAGGCCAUCUGCAGAGCCAUCCAGCGUUUCCUGCUGGCCUACAAAGAGGAGCGCCGUGGGCCCACUCUCAUCGCUGUUCAGUCUUGCUGGGAGCUGAAGAGGCUAGUCAGCGAGAUCCCUGUCUUAGAGGAAUACCCACUGGUACCUGUCCGUGUGGCUGAUACAAUCAGCUAUGGAGUCCUGGACUGGCAGCGCCAUGGGGCCCGGCACAUGAUCUGCCACUACCUCAACCUGGAUACCUGUCUGUCCCAGGCCUUCGAGAUGAGCAGGUACUUCCACAUCCCCAUUGGGAAUCUACCCGAGGACAUCUCCACCUUUGGCUCCGACCUCUUCUUUGCCCGCCAUCUGCAGCGCCACAACCACCUGCUCUGGCUGUCCCCAACGUUGCGCCCUGACCUGGGCGGAAAGGAGGCCGAUGACAACCGUCUUGUCAUGGAGUUCAAUGACCAAGCCACUGUGGAGAUCAACAGUUCAGGCUGUUACUCCACAGUGUGUGUGGAGCUGGACAUUCAGAACCUCGCCGUCAACACCAUCCUGCAGUCUCACCAUGUCAAUGACAUGGAGGGGGCUGAUAGCAUGGGAGUGAGCUUCGACGUGAUCCCGCAGGCCUCCCUGGAGGACAUGAUCACUGGCAAUCAGGCCGCCAGUGCCCCAGCCAGUUACGAUGAGACGGCUCUCUGCUCCAGCACCUUCAGGAUCCUGAAGAGCAUGGUAGUAGGUUGGGUAAAGGAGAUAACCCAGUACCAUAACAUCUACGCCGACAACCAGGUGAUGCACUUCUACCGCUGGCUUCGGUCCCCAUCCUCACUGCUGCACGAUCCUGCCCUGCAUCGCACACUCCACAGCAUGAUGAAGAAGCUCUUCCUGCAGCUCAUUGCCGAGUUCAAGCGACUGGGGUCGUCAGUCGUCUAUGCCAACUUCAACCGUGUCAUCCUCUGCACGAAGAAGCGGCGGGUGGAGGAUGCCAUUGCCUAUGUGGAGUACAUCACCAGCAGUGUCCAUUCUAAAGAGCUAUUCCACUCCUUGACCAUCUCCUUCUCACGAUGCUGGGAAUUUCUUCUCUGGAUGGACCCAUCUAACUAUGGAGGAGUCAAAGGAAUCAUUCCGUCAAGUAUUCACUGUGGUCAGGACUCCCGAAAAGAGGGCCAUUUGGAGGAGGAGGAGGAGAAUGGUGACAAGGGAGAUGGUGGCCAGGAGCCUGAUGUGGAAGACUUGCUGGAAAACAACUGGAACAUCCUGCAGUUUCUGCCACAGGCUGCCUCUUGCCAGAGCUACUUCCUCAUGAUCAUUUCAGCGUACAUCGUGGCCGUCUACCACAGCAUGAAGGAGGAACUAAGGCGCAGUGCCCCAGGGAGCACCCCGUUGAGGAGGAGGGGGUCCAGCCAGCUCUCCCAGGAGGCUCAGGGGAUGUCUGGAGCCCUUCCCGGAAUGAUCACAUUCUCUCAAGAUUAUGUGGCAAAUGAACUUACUCAGAAUGUCUUCACCAUCACUCAGAAGAUUCAGAAGAAAGUCACAGGCUCUCGGAACUCGGCUGAGCUCUCGGAAAUAUUCCCAGUCCUCCCUGGGUCUCACUUGCUGCUCAAUAACCCUGCUCUGGAGUUCAUCAAAUAUGUGUGCAAGGUCCUGUCUCUGGACACGAACAUCACAAACCAGGUGGCCAAACUGAAUCGGGACCUGCUGCGCCUUGCAGAUGUUGGCGAGUUCUCAGAGGAGGCCCAGUUCCGGGACCCCUGCCGCUCCUAUGUGCUCCCUGAGGUCAUCUGCCGCAGCUGUAACUUCUGCCGGGACCUGGACCUGUGCAAAGACUCCUCCUUCUCUCAGGAUGGGACUGUGUUGCCUCAGUGGCUCUGUUCCAACUGCCAGGCUGCCUAUGACUCAUCAGUCAUCGAGAUGACCCUGGUGGAAGCUCUGCACAAGAAGCUGAUGGCCUUCACCCUGCAGGACCUGGUCUGCCUGAAGUGCCGAGGUGUGAAGGAAACCAACAUGCCUGUGUACUGCAGCUGUGCUGGGGACUUCGCCCUCACCAUCCACACCACGGUCUUCAUGGAGCAGAUUGGAAUCUUCCGGAACAUUGCCCAGCACUAUGGCAUGUCGUACCUCAUGGAGACCCUGGAGUGGCUUCUGCAGAAGAAUCCCCAGCUGGGCCAUUAGCAUCUCCAUUCUCUGCCUGACUUCCCAAACUCAUGACCACGUCCAGAAAACAACCCACAGGGAGCUUUCAGUGGUUCCCUGGGCCCCCAGUGGUCAGGGCAGCCCACCUAAGCUCGGGGAGCAUCUAUUGGAGUAAUGAGCCCUCCCUGCAGCCCCUGCCUUCCCAGUCCCUCCUCUGUGCCCCAGGUACCCUUGGCAUCUUCUGAGCAGAGUCCCUGAGGGUGGUUGGAGGCAGUACCCAGGGCAAGGUGGCACCAAGUGGGAGUCUGCAGUCCCUGCUCUCUGACUACUUACAUCAGAGAAUGCUACCCCACAGCCUCAUGCUAGUGGGAUGUGGGCCAGUUCCAGGGAAUCCAGACUGGAACCUCAUGGGGAUGAAUUCCCUAGACUUGGUUUUUACUUAGUGACUUCCCAGAGUAGGGUCCAUGGAGGUGUCUGCAUCAUGGUGGUCAACUCGUCUGCAGCAAGACCCAAAAUCCAGGUUGUGGUGGGGGCACGAGGGCCGAGGAGGAGGAUCAUGGACUGGGUGGAUAUCCUGCCCUCUGAACCUGUGUGCUGUGAAGAGGACCCACCCACCCAGACACAUGCUGUCCUUUGCAACACACUUUAACAUAAUGUUAGCACAGGGGUUUUAGAAAAAUUUCUUCACAUGCAAAAUUUUGGGUUCUUUCCUUCAGCUCUGAGGUGGGUGGGUGGGGGCGGAAGGGGGAAAAAAUGGGGUUGAGGUGAGUUCUGACCUGCUUCUCAGCCUCAGGGAUCAGUCUGAGACCUCUGGGCCCACAGGGCCUGCCCAACCUCCAAAAGCUGAGCAGGUCACCCUUGCUCAGGGCUUACUGCCCUCCCUGCCUACAGCAGAAGGCAUUGAGGCUGUGGCCACUUUAAAGGGGAUACUUACUCAGAGCAGCAUGAUGCAGAUGUAGGACCCCUCCUUGCAUUUUGCUUUCCCUCUGAGUAGGGGCUUCAGAGGAGGGGGCUGUCCCAUGGUCUGCUUUCCAUCUGUCUGCAGAAGCUUUGCUGAGCUUCUCCCUGUCAGGAGCCCUGAGUCUAAGACCAGCUCUGCAUCUUGUUUCUAGCUAAUUGAGCUAGAAAUAAGAGAAAGGCCCAGUUGUCAAGGCUACAAACUAAUGUUAAGUGGAAAUUAUAAACUCCACAGCCUUGUUCUA